AUGACUAUGACCUUCGGAGGUGAUGAUGGACACAUAUGCACCCAACGUGUCUUAGCAUUAAGAAAUGGACUUACUGUAAAGGGGAGCUCUGUAGGCUGGAAUCAAACUCAUCAUUGCAAGCUACUAGAAUGGUUGGCACCUGAUCAAUCGCAACUUUGCCGGAGAAACCUCGAGCUGAUGCACAGUAUUGUCCAAGCCGCCAAGUUGACCAAAAAUACCUGUCAGAACACCUUCAAUGACAUGCGAUGGAACUGUUCAUCUGUUGAAAAAGCCCCUCGUUUUACACCAGAUUUGGCAAAAGGCACCAGGGAGUCCGCAUUUGUGUUUUCGCUAGCGGCUGCUUUAGUGAGUCAUUCCAUUGCCAGAGCCUGCUCGUCUGGAGAGCUCCCCAGUUGCUCGUGCGCCCCAGCCCCUGCUGAACAGGCCGGGCCCGACUUCAUAUGGGGAGGAUGCGGUGAUAACCUGCGUUACGGUCUCCAAAUGGGAUCUGCCUUUUCUGAUGCACCGAUGAGAAACAGCAGAUCUGGCUCUCAGGCGUUCAGACUCAUGCACUUGCACAAUAAUGCAGUUGGAAGACAGGCACUUAUUGAUGCUCAAGAGACAAAAUGCAAAUGCCACGGGGUGUCCGGGUCCUGCUCUGUCAAAACAUGUUGGAAGGGCCUCCAUGAUAUUAACCACAUUGCCAUGGACCUCAAAUCCAAGUACCUAUCUGCCACGAAGGUGAUCCAUCGUCAUGUUGGGACAAGGAAGCAGUUGGUCCCCAGAGAGUUGAACGUUCGACCAGUGAGAGAGAGUGAGUUGGUCUACCUGGUCAGCUCUCCAGAUUACUGCACACACAAUGAGAAGCAUGGCUCACUCGGCACACAGGACAGACAAUGCAAUAAGACAUCCAAUGACAGUGGGAGUUGCAAUCUCAUGUGCUGUGGUCGUGGCUACAAUGCCUACACUGAGAGGAUUGUGGAGAGAUGCCAGUGCAAGUACCACUGGUGCUGCUAUGUUACCUGCAAGAGGUGCGAAAGGACUGUGGAGAGAUAUAUAUGCAAAUGAACUUUCCCAGAGACAUGUGAGUGAACAUGAAGCACUAUUUUCACCACCAUCAUCUUGUCGAGUCGUGCAGACCCAGCAGUCACCUGACCUGACUCCUGUGUGCUUCUGUGCUACUACAUAGCCUACAGGCUAAGUGCAAUAAAAAACAAGAGGAGCAACUCACAGACACUACCAAAGAUAAGCAGAUGUUCUGGACUCCGUUAGCUGUUUUAAAGAGACUGGAGGGCACUACUGUGAAGAAGAUUGUGUUACUUGAAGAGCAAAUGUGAUUGAUUGGGAGCUGUAGGCUAUUUGAGUUUGAUUAGUAAAAUGUUCCGCAAUAGGACAAGUUGAAUAGAUGACAAAGUAACUGAAUCACAACAAAGACUUCCCAGAAGCUUCCCCAAAUACGAAUUGGCCAGUCAGCUUUAAGAUUUCCAACUGAUAAUGAAAAGCUUUUAACAAUUUUACAUCUUACAUGUUAACGAAAUUGCAAAUAAGAGGCAGAAAAGCUGAUUGAUCUUAUGUCCAUUUUAGUCACACAGGGUUAAUGCCAUACUACUCAGUUUAGGGAUAUUCUGAUCAUAGGCAUGCAGUACACAUAUUAUCAACAGUUUGAGCUGUAUUUUUAGUUGUUUAUGAUUAUAUUGGGCAUAUUGAUGUACAGUUGAACAGUUUAC